GGGUGUGGGGCCGUGCGCAAGAGCUUCCGCGCGUUGGGGUUCGUGUCGGGGCUAAAGCUUUCGUAAACGGGUCCGUGGCUAUGCGCAGACGCUUGAAAAUCUGGCCACCGUUGGAUACUGGUGGGGGCAGCAGUAGCAGCAGCAGGGUAGCGUGGCUGGUGGGCGGGAUUCGUAUGGGAUCCAUUGGACGAUUUCACAGUGCGGCCUGCAGCAAAGACCACGGGCAGAGUUACGGCGGCGGCAGAGACAACGACAACGUUAACAACAAAUUCUGCAACGAAUCGAAGUGCAACGAAAUGCAAGUAACAAUUGCGACGCAAUUGAAGCUCUCCUCAGAUCCUGCAAGCGGCAGGCCACUUUCCCGCAGCUACUAUCGCGGCUUCUAGGCGCCCUCGCCUUCGCCAUCGCCUCAAUGUCUGUAUAAACGAAAGUAUGGCGCUCAAGUAGAACAUUCCACAAGCGGUCGACAGCAAGCAAACAAGCCAGCUCCGCUUCCGCCUCCGCAUCCGCCUCUGCUGUUGCCAGCUCCUGUGUGGAGGAGCCAACCAAUAUCGAAACGAUAUACCACCCACCUCAAUUCGCAGCGAGAGAUGACGGAGCAAAAGAACCAGGUGACGCGUGCUGCACCGGAGCAGAGCAACGACUACCGAGUGGUGGUCUUUGGUGCCGGCGGCGUAGGGAAAAGCUCCUUGGUGCUGAGAUUCAUCAAAGGCACAUUCCGGGAAAGCUACAUUCCGACCAUUGAGGACACCUACAGACAGGUCAUCAGCUGCAAUAAGAACAUUUGCACGCUGCAAAUAACAGACACAACGGGAUCGCAUCAGUUCCCAGCCAUGCAGCGACUGUCCAUAUCUAAGGGACACGCUUUCAUCCUGGUCUACUCGGUGUGCUCCAAGCAAAGCCUGGAGGAGCUACGGCCCAUCUGGGCGCUAAUAAAAGAGCUCAAGGGCGCCGAUAUACCCAACAUUCCCGUCAUGCUGGUGGGCAACAAGUGUGAUGAGACCGCCGAGCUGCGGGAGGUUUCGCAGAUUGAGGGCCAGGCGCAGGCCACCACCUGGAGCAUAUCGUUCAUGGAGACAUCGGCCAAAACCAACCACAAUGUUACCGAGCUGUUUCAGGAGCUCCUCAAUAUGGAGAAAACGCGUACUGUCUCACUGCAAUUGGAUACGAAGAAGCAAAAGAAACAGAAGAAGGAGAAAAAGGCAAAGGAAACGAAUGGCGCCAUACCAGAGAACGGGGAGGCCAGCGCCAGUGCCAGCGGCGGUGCCAAAGAGAAGUGUCGGGUUAUGUAAGAAUUAUCGGAUUACAUUACAAAUGGAGUGAUUCGAGUCGAUACGAAAUGAAAUGGUGACAGACAAAUACUCGCUUUGGGGCAGUAGCGUUGGGUUGAGGCGGUCUUAACGUUAACGCACACCCCCAUCUAGAUUUAAACCCGUGCAUCCCCCUCCCAUACACACACACACACAAGCAUUAAAUCCAUACAGUAUGUAUUUAAGAACACACUACGAUUACAAUUACAACUACGAUUACGACUAUAUUUUGCAUAGGUUUUAUUCAAGCAAAGAAUUUUCUAGUCGCACAGUAUACACCAUAUGUGUACGAGUACUAUACUAAACAAUAUGAUACUAUCCAUACUACACGAACAUAAAAUACAGAACAGAACAGUACACGAACACGUACAGACCCGGCACAUCCAUGAAUGGUAGUAGCCCUAUGUUGACACAAAAUUGCAUCUGAAACGCAUCUGAAACGCAACGGCAUACAUAUCAAAUAUUUACACCACACUUGCAUGAUGCACCACCAAUCCAAUACGAGUUCGCGAUGGAAGAAGACUAGCACAAGUGGCCAGUAAACUGUAGCCCAUCCCAUGCCACACGUAACCAGGUAUAAUUGAAAGCUAUACCACUACAUAUAUCGUAUCUCUAAUGAAAGCCAAAGUACCUACUUAAAAGACAUAAAUCUGUAUCUACUUACAAUAUAAAAGUACUUACUAUAUUUACAUACUUAAAAAAUCCAUUAACAGAAGACUUCUCUAUGUAAGUAGUCGACACGGAGACAAUUGUGGGGUUGCUCUCGCAGCAAACUAUCUAAGAACCGAUCCCCCAUUACCGCCGUAUGCCUCCCCAGACUAUCAUUGCUGUUUAACUAUUUACCACCAAAAACAAACAAAAAAUAACACAAAUAAUGAAUGAAUGAAUGUAGUACGAACCAAACCCUGAUCGCCACAUAAGUAAGCUAAUGUAUAAAAUACUCAAAGCCAUGCCACAGUCGUCCCCACACCACAUGAUCCAGAAAACAAACAGACACGAAAUGUUCAUAGAAAUCGUCUGCUAAUCUGCUAUUUGUUAAUUCUUUGAGCAAAUUCCAGAUUCCAAAUAACGUUGUUUGUGUAUUGUAUUGAAUAUGUACAAUUUUACAAUUAUUUGCUGUAAGUUAUUGACGAGACGAGAGCAUUUUAACAAUAACAAUAACAAACACAGAAGAAGUGAAAAAAUGUGAAAGAAAACCUAAGUCUAAACCUAAGUCAGAUCGAAGUCUAAGUACAAUUGCAUCCGUUGAGCCGUAAUAUGUGGAAGUGAGGCAAAAGAACACGCGUACAUCGAAGGAUAUUUGAGGAGGCAUUUUUGCAGCACAGCACCGGAGAUGAGAAUAAGUUGCCUGUUUUUAAAAAACACAAACCACAUCACACACACAAACACACACACAUGUAGUAACUUAUGUAUAACUUAAUACAAACAAUUCCAAUUA